AGGGGGCUGUGACGCCAGUACGCAGGUGCGUCGCCGUGGUGACGUUUCCGGUGCACUCCUUCCGGUCCUGUGUGCUAGGCCUCUCGUUCUUACAGACCGGUCGCGAUGGCGAUGCAAGCGGCGAAAAGGGCGAACAUUCGUUUGCCUCCAGAAGUAAAUCGUAUCUUGUAUAUAAGAAAUUUGCCGUACAAAAUAACAGCAGAAGAAAUGUACGAUAUAUUUGGGAAAUAUGGACCAAUCCGACAAAUCAGAGUAGGAAAUACACCUGAGACGAGAGGAACUGCAUAUGUAGUGUAUGAAGAUAUUUUUGAUGCCAAGAAUGCUUGUGACCACUUAUCUGGGUUCAAUGUGUGCAAUAGAUACCUUGUAGUUUUGUACUACAAUGCAAACAGGGCUUUCCAAAAAAUGGAUACAAAGAAAAAGGAAGAGCAACUUAAAAUUCUGAAGGAAAAAUAUGGAAUCAACACUGAAACAAAAUGAACCAUUGGGUUUUUGUUUUUUUAAAACUUUUGCAUUGUAAAUACUAUUGAAAGGACUUUUGAAGAUUUCAUAUAAUUUAGCAAUUUGGAUAAAUCUCACCAGAUUAUUUUGUAGUUUUAAGAAAACCAUUUACUUCGAAUAAUAGUCAGUCGUUGUUUGAAACAGUACUUCCAUUUAUUUUGACUUUAUGUAACUUGUUUGCCUGAUUUAAAGCAUAGCAUAAUUAAGCUUGCAUACAAAUGGUGUUUAUAUUCGCAAAUAUUUUUAAUGGGACUGCACACUAGUUACCAUGGUGAUUCAAGUAUUAUUUCUGUCAAAUGUACACUCUUGUAUUCCUAACAAUUAUUUGUGUACAUUAAACUGUAAAAUGCU